UGUUAUUAUGCAAAAGGCAGACCCUAGAAAUAUUAAAACUGUAAAGGGGAUUUUGAGAUGGUUUGAGUUGGUGUCGGGUUUGAAAAUCAACUUCAACAAAAGUGUGCUGUAUUCAUUCAACGUUUUUGAUGAGUGGGGGAGAAUGGCAACUGCUUCUCUUAAUUGUAAAUCAGGUUCCAUCCUUUUCACCUACCUUGGGAUGCCAGUUGGGGAUGCUAUGGGUAGAAGGAACGCCUGGAUUCCAAUUAUUGAGAAUUUUAACAAAAAGCUGGUAGUCUGGAAAGCGAAAUGCCUAUCAAUCGAUGGCCGAGUUAUGCUACUAAGGAAAUUUCUGUGGGGAUACACGGAGGAAAAGAGUAGGUUAGCAUGGUUGAGUUGGGAUAAAGUGUGUAGGAGGAGAAAAGAGGGAGGCUUAGGUGUACCAGACCUUGAGUGUAGGAACAUAGCUUUACUAGGGAAGUGGUGGGAUAGAUUUGGGAAGGAGGAGAAUAGUUUAUGGAAGAAAGUUAUAUCCGAUAAAUAUUAUGGUGGUGGUACUAUAUGGGAUAUUAAACAAAUUCAAGUUAGGAAUUUAUCUACCCUAUGGAGGAACAUUUUGGACUUAGGACUGUUAAUGUUAUGGAAGUGGGACAAGUUUCUAAUGGAUUCUGGACUUGGAGAAAUGCUUGGAGACGUGAACCUUUUGGCAGGCAAAGGAAUGAAGAACAAACGCUAAAAGAAAGCCUAAUGGGUGGG